CACCCUCACAACUUGUGGGCAAACUUUUCUGAACUGUAGUAAAGAGGCCACUGCGAGUAUCGGUGAGGAGGGAAGGACGACGCGGAGUCCUGUUCAUUUAAACGCUUUUCUACAUCAGUUUUAAUCUUGUUUUGUAAGGAAAGGUGUAUCAGGAUCACUCUGAAAGCGGACGGAAUUAACCUUUGGAAAAAACGUUGCUGCAAUUCACAGAUCAUUACCGGACGAUGGGGAAGUUUCCCUAAUCAAGGCUUAUUUAACGGAAUUGGGAUGAAGGCUUUGCAGAACUCCAGGUUUCCUAAGAUAAUUAAAUGAAAUUAUUGGGUUGGUGUGCAGCAUCGGACGAGAACCAUCCAACCAUGGGUCCCCUCACCACACCUAAAAAGGGACGAGAAGUUGGCUCCGUCGAUCCUUGGACGCCAACUUCAAACUUGAAAAUGCUCAUAAGUGCAGCUAGUCCAGACAUCAGGAACCGAGAGAAGGAGCUGUGCAUGGACAACGAUGGACCAGAUGGUGCUGAAUUGACACAGGAAACUGAAAAUGGAGAAGAGAAAAUAAUCAGCAGGAAAGAGAAGAGUUUGGGCUUACUAUGUCAUAAAUUCCUCGCCAGAUACCCAGAUUACCCGAAUCCUGCACUAAACAACGACAUCUGCCUGGAUGACGUUGCCACUGAGCUCAAUGUCGAACGCAGGCGGAUCUACGACAUCAUGAAUGUGCUGGAGAGCCUGCACAUGGUGAGCCGCUCCGCCAAAAACCGCUACACGUGGCACGGCCGCACCAAGCUGGCUCAGACUCUCGCCAUUCUGAAGCAAGUUGGUGAGGAGCACAAAUACGGCCAGCAGAUGCAGCAGAUCAAGCAGCGACUCCUAGACAGAGAGUUUGACUUUGACGGAGAGGAGAAGGAGAACGAGGAGGUGGUGGACAUGGAGAACGGGGAGCAGGGACAGAAGGAGCUCUUCUUUGUGGAACUUCCAGGAGUGGAGUUCAAAGCAGCCUCUGUCAACAGUAGGAAAGACAAAUCUCUGAGGGUGAUGAGUCAGAAGUUCGUCAUGCUCUUUCUGGUCUCUAAUCCUCGUGUGGUCAGUCUUGAUGUGGCCGCCAAGAUCUUGAUUGGCGAGGACCAAGGAGCUGAUCAGGACAAGAACAAGUUCAAGACCAAGGUGCGACGGUUAUAUGACAUUGCUAACGUUCUUCGGAGCCUGAAGCUCAUCGAGAAAGUUCACGUGACAGAGGAAAGGGGCAGAAAACCAGCAUUUGAAUGGGUCGGCCCAGAAGAAUUCCUACAAGAAAAAGACUCAGAAGAUGUCACGUCUGAGAGCCAGUCAAAGAAGAAAACUACCCUGGAGUCUCGUGCGUCUGUUGACAACUGUGCCAAAAACCUCUUUUCAUCAACUGGGGUAAAACGCAGCUUCACCCGGCACCCUUCCCUCAUAAAACUGGCCAGAAGCAUUCAGGACGACCGCCGCAAGAUCAACUCUGCCCCCACUAGUCCUGUGAAGAGUGGCCUCAGCGAUUCAUCAAACGCUGACUUCCCAAACAAAAUGGCCCAACUCGCUGCUAUUUGUAAGAUUGAGCUCGACCAAGAGCAUGUACCUGAAGCUGCAGAUCCACAGCCUACUGCUACUCCAAGUUCAGAGCCGACCUCCUCCAGUCAAAAGGAACCACCUCAGGCUCAGUUUUUAACUCCCACCCAGGACUCUGGAGUCAACACUACUGUCCACCUCACACCCAGCACCCCACUGGGAGCUUUGCCCGCCGGCUCUGUCGCAUACAUCCCUGCACAGUGUUCAUCCAUGAUCCCGGUCCUCUUACCUCAGCAGAGAGGAAGCGGACCCUUUGCCGUAUAUUUACAGGGUCCCUCUUCUAGGCCGAACCCUCUAGCUCGACCACAGCCGACCAGCCUUGCUGUCCGCUCCAUGACCUUUGAGGAUAAGACCGGGCAGAGUCCGACGGGUCAGUGUUCAGCCAAGAGCCAGCUGGCUUCAGGCAGGGCGCCAGACAUCAGCCCACUAGCGAUCAAACGGCUCCGUUCAGAUUCAACCUCAGAGAGCAGCCCCUCCAAGGCAAAGAGGAAGGACCCUAACUUUAAGGACACCUCUCCAAAGCUCUGUGAGAUCCUGCAGGCUCGUCUUAAAGCCCAUCGCAGCUCUCAGCUCUCGAGCCGACCUUCACCUCGAGCUCUACACCUGGACCCGGAGUUUGUAAACACCCCUGGUGCUCCUGCAGCCAGUCAGACACUAGAACAGAGCCUGGAGACUUUCCUGGACAGAGAAGACAAGACGGCAAACUCAGACAGUGAAGCAGGUUUAACUCCAGUUAGAGCCAUACCUCUGACGCCAGGACAGCUUCACACUGAGACUUUAGUGCCAGCCGGGUACCUGAUCCCGAUCUCCCAGCAGUCCCUCAUCGGCUACAAGGAAAUGCAAAGUUCAGGGAGAGAAAGCAACAAGGCCCCGACUCCAACUUACAACGUCUACAAAACACCUACAGCAGGCUCCAGGCCCACCUUAGCACAGGAGAUCACACCCACCAACAUCCGUCUCCACAAACCUGUCGCUGUCACCUCGCCUCAAACCGCCCAGCAGAUCCGCCGCCUCCACAGCCCAAGCCCCGCCAUCCUAAACUUCACGCUGCAGAAUCUGGGACUUAUCUCAGGCUCCAGUCCAGGAAACACCUUCACUGACCCCCAGACUCCUGAGAAUGCCAACACCCUGCCCAGCCCGCUGAGUCUGCAACAGAGAGGGAUGGUUUUCAUCAAACCUGUGUCCCCUGUGCCCAUCCAGCAGUCUGUGUCAGGACAACCACUGGCUUUGAUCAGUUUACAACAGCCUCUGAUGACCACCCCUAAAGGGAACGGGCUCCCUCAGCCCAGCUUCUUCCACACGCCUGUUCCCCUCUCUCCUCUGGCUGCCAUGGUAACCACCAGCGGACCCCCAGCCACUAAAACUGUUUACAUCCCUCAGAGGAAGCUGGACGUCAGCACCGAGGACUCGUCUAAUCCCUGACGGACUCGCUCUGACGCGUCUGUGCAUGUUGCGUGUCUGUGUGGGUGACGUGUUUGUUUUCUGGGUGGGUGACUUUUGUUUUCUGUUUAGUUUUUUUUUUAUAUCUUUUUUUACUGUUUUUAUUACCUCUGAGUAUCUUACAGCAAGGGCCUCACUGUCAUCAUCAUCAUCACACCCGGCUCUAUUAUUAGCUGCCAUGCAGACGUAAACUGUGCCCAGUGGACACACACAGACGAGAUUUCAAACCAAGUUCACCAGACUCAUGCAGUGUGGUGAAAACUGGCAUUUACAUGGAACCUGAAGGAGUUUGUUGGUCUAUUUUACUCUUUAUUUUAUGUUUUUAGUUUCUUCUGCUGAUAGGGGGGACAAACAAACACAUUUUCUUAUUUCCCAGUAGUGGUAGAGGGGACAUCAGUGCUCAGAGAUGGAUGUUUUGACUAAAAGACAAGUUUGAUUGGAAACGUGGCUGUUUGAUCAUUUUGUCUCUAAGUUGGAGACUUUUGCACAAAUGUAUAUGAUUAACUGUUACCCAUGAAUUGUUAAAAAUAUGUCAAUACUUGUAACUCAUUUUAAAACUAAUCAGACAUUUUGUUGUUUAAUUUAUGAGAAAAUUCAUUCAUGUAAAAUGGUAAUUGAA